UUCGUAAACAAAGGUGCGUGAUCAAAAAGAGAAAUACUCGGGCAUUGAAUCGAAAUCGAAGUGUGAUCGUGUGAUCAACGAAUUCCUGUGCCCAAUAAACUAAGCCACGAUUUUUAGUGCAGAAAUGUCCGUCUCGCUCCUCUACCUCCUGGUGCCGGUCGGUGUCGGCGCCGGUCUCUACAUCAUCCGCAAGCUGCGCGAGUGGCAGUGGGGCUGGGUACGCAGCAACAGCUCUCUGCGCGACAAAGUCUACAUUAUCACCGGUGCCAACACGGGGCUCGGUUUCGAGACCGCUCAAGCGUUGGCCGCACGCCAAGCGACCGUCAUCAUGGCUUGCCGUAGUAUGGAGCGUGCCGGGGAAGCGAUCAGUCGCAUCCGCCAGCACACACCGGAAGGGGAGCUCAUCCCGCUCGAGCUCGACCUAGCGUCGUUCGAAUCGAUCCGCGCCUUUUGCGAGAAGGUGAAAAGUCACCACCCUUCGUUCGAUUGUCUCAUCAAUAAUGCGGGUCUGGCCGUGCAACGGCCCCAGUAUACGCACGAAAAGCAUGAGGUACACUACGGCGUUAACCAUCUCGGACACUUUCUGCUGGUGGAUCUGCUGAAGGAUAAUAUCCGCGCGAACGGAGCCCGCGUUGUGGUGGUGUCGUCCAAGAUGCACGAAAGGGGACGAAUCGACUUCGAGCACCUGGGCCAGUGGAUGGAACGGGGGCCACGCGAUCGGACCAACAAUCUGUACAACAACUCGAAGCUGAUGAACUUUUACUUUGCGCGCGAACUGUACAAACAGGGCUACAACGUGCACGUACUCUGUCCGGGCCUUUGCCAUACGGACUUUUUCCGCGACUACAACCCCAAAUGGUACCACUACGUACUGUUUUCCCCGAUCGUGCUGCUGUUCUUGCGUUCCGCCCGUCAGGGUGCCCAAAAUAUCAUCCACUGUGCGACGGACAACGUGAACACGGACGAGAAGAACCCGCUCACGGGCUACUUUGUGACGAACGUUCAGCAAACGAAAUCCAAGAGCAAAUUCGAUGAGGAAACCUCCGAACGACUGUGGAAAGAAAGCCUGAAGGCAAUUAGCGACUAAGCAGGCGGACCCGGCGGAGAUAAAUGGUCCAGUUUGCUCCUUCCGAGCCGGUGGUGGGAAUUUUUACAACCAACUUUGCAUUUAUAAUCAAUCUCUUUUCCAAUACUCACAGCCCCGUUUGAAUGGGGUUGAUGCAGGGACUGAAUGAGCAAUACACUAAGUUACACUAACCUGUG